UGAUAGGACUGAGUGUGUGUGGGUGGGUGCUCAGCUCGACGCUCGCCGCUCCACCUCUCGAUGAGGUCUGUCGUGGCCCGCUCGCUCCGCCAGCCAUCCCGGCUCCUCAGCUCCUGCUGUCCCAAGCCCGCUGCCGUGCGCACCGACUGGACGCGCGAGGAGAUUGCUGCGAUCUACCGGCUGCCCUUCACGGAGCUGCUGCACCAGGCGUCGACCGUGCACCGGCAGCACUUCGAUCCGCUAGAGGUGCAAAAGUGCACACUGCUCUCCAUCAAGACGGGCGGCUGCAACGAGGACUGCAAGUACUGCGCGCAGUCGACGCGGUACAAGACCUUUGUCAAGCCGGAGCCGCUGAUGAGCGUGGACGCGGUGACGGAGGCGGCGCGGCGCGCCAAGGCGGCGGGCUCGACUCGCUUCUGCAUGGGCACGGCGUGGCGCGAGAUGGGCAACAAGAAGGGCGCGUUUGGCAAGAUCCUCAAGAUGGUUGAGGAGGUCAACGGGAUGGGGCUCGAGGUGUGCUGCACGCUGGGCAUGCUGAGCGAGACACAGGCGAUGGAGCUGAAGCGGGCGGGGCUGACCGCGUACAACCACAACCUCGACACCUCGCGCGAGCACUACCCCAACGUCAUCACCACCCGCUCCUACGACGACCGGCUGCAGACGAUUGCAAACGUGCGCAAGGCGGGCAUCUCGGUCUGCUGCGGUGGCAUCCUCGGGCUCGGCGAGUCGGAGGAGGACCGGGUGGGGCUGCUGUACGAGCUCGCGACGAUGCCGGAGCACCCGGAGUCGGUCCCCAUCAACGCGCUCGUCCCAAUCGAGGGCACGCCCAUGAUGGAGGGCGGAGGAGCGCCCGACGUCUUUCAAAUGGCACGCACCAUCGCCACCGCGCGCGUCGUGAUGCCUGCCUCGAUGGUCCGCCUCUCCGCCGGCCGAAUGUCCUUCUCUCCGCUCGAGCAGGCCGUCAUGUUCCUGGCGGGCGCAAACUCAAAGGCGACAAGCUGCUCACCACGGCCAACCCCGCCUUCGACGAGGACAUGCUCAUGUUCGAGUCCCUCGGCCUCAAAGGCAAGCAGCCAUUCUCGCACCUCCGCAGCGUCUCGCCCGAAAAGGUGAGCGCGCCGCCGUCCGAGCCGCCGCAGCGCAUCGCGCAGCAGAGUGCAGCGUCCGCCUGAGGCAGCGCCGCCUACGGACCCCGCGCGGCGGGAGGUGUCUGCGCCGCCGCUGCUCUCGCGGCGCACACCGCCCUCUGUCAUGGCGCCCCCCCCCACCCCCCCCCAACGUACCCACGCAUGCCUCGACGCGCCUUUGAACGGCAGCUCGACUCGCGGCACGGCGGCCGCGGCCCGCCCAUGGCGCAUGGGACACCUCCGAACGCGGUGCACCAGACUGCAGUGUGCAGACAGCUGAGUGCUAGAGUGGGCAAUGGGCGCAUGUGACGAUAUACGGCUUUAAAGAGCGGAAGGUCUCUCUCUCGCUCUCCCAGCUCGCCCCCGUCUGUGUGCGGGGAGUCCGGGAAACGGGUAAUGCAUAUUUCGGUUAGUCGUAAUAGAACAUCGCA